ACAUUUUCAAUCUAAAUUUUCGUAUCAAAUCAGGCAGGCACUUUUUGGAAAAACUAUUUUAAAAGACUGAAAUUUACAAAGUAGUCUUCAAUAUGACUCAAUAUGGCAACAAACUGAGCUGGGCUGUGGGCAAGAAGACGGUGCUGUGCAUCGGCACCACGACCAUUGACUUUGUCUCGACCAUAAAGCACUUUCCCGGUGAGAACACACAUCAAAAGGUUAUUGGAGGCUACUGGAUUCGCGGUGGAAAGGCUUCGAACAACUGCACUGUACUCGCCAAUCUGGGGGUUAAAGUUGAGCUCCUGGGAGUGCUGAGCAAUUGGAGUGUGUUCCAGGUUCUGAUCGAUGACUUGCGAGCACGGGGCAUCAUUAUCGAGAACUGUCCGCGUUGUGACCAGGGUGCGCCCUUCUCAUCCGUGAUCCUCUGCAAGGCGACCAAAACGCGAAACAUUGUCUAUUGCAAUAAUAACUUUCCGUACGUGAGCGUCGAGGAUUUCCGGAAGUUGGACCUCAACCGCUAUGGUUGGAUUCACAUUCGUGCUUUGUACUUUGAUAAAUCGCUGCCAAUGGUCAAGGACAUAGAGGCUUAUAACGCGACCAGCAAGGAGAAGAUCGUGCUAUCGAUAUAUUUUGAUAAUAACCUGGACGACAUGUGGCCCCUGAUGGACUACUGUGACUAUGCCGUGUUCUCCAAGAAGCUGGCCCAAACCAAUGGCUGGACUUCCAUGGAGGAUGCCUGCCUGCAGCUGGACGAGCGAUUGCGUAUGCGUUGGGGCCUCAACCUGAAGCGACCAUAUGUGGUCGUCCUUUGGGGCGAUCAGGGUGCGGGGUUCAUGGAUCUCGAUGGCAACUUCACCCACGCCAAGCCCCACAAGCCCAGACGCAUCGUGGACGCCUUGGGCGCCGGAGACACCUUCAUGGGCACCUUCAUCUACGCCCUCUACAUCCGGGAGAGAUCCCUUGCCGUCGCCGUGGAUUUCGGCAAUCGCAUGGCCAGCUACAAGUGCUCGAGAAAUGGAUACGAUCACAUCGCUAAUAUCUUGCUGCCGCCGAUCUUGUGAUUGCAUUUCUCACUUUGAAUAUUUUGUGAAAAAAAGAUAAAAUAAUAAUAUAAUUGCAUCUAGAACAUAAAAGAAAUAA